AGGAUCUCAAUCCUCGACCUCUACAUCAAGAUUUUACACGUCCCGUGGUUCAUCAAAGUCUGCUAUGCCUACAUCGCAUUUCAGGUCGCCUUCAUCCUCUCGAUGUUCUUAACUACCAUGCUGCUUUGCAGACCGUUCAGUUUCCAGUGGGACAAGACGAUUCCAGGAGGCAUCUGCGGAGACCUGUUGAGUAGCUAUUCUGCUACUCACGUCAUCAUCUUGAUCACUAAUGUCAUCACUGCCGUCCUUCCCAUUCCCGUCCUUUGGAAAUUCAACAUGAAUCGUCGGAAAAAGAUUGGUAUUUCUCUCAUGUUCAUGCUCGGAACUAUGUACGUCUUGACCGAUUUUUCAAUCUGA